CGUCAAAUAAAUAGACAAAAAUUACAGUCAAAAGGAAUGGACCCAAAUUCUGCAAAUUCUCGAUAUCCUCCAAAAGUGGCCAUUUUCAGCAAAUAUGACCGCCAAAUUGAUCGUCGAAAUUUUAAUGAAAGAAAAUCUCUUUAUGAUAAAAAAAACGCCUUUCCCUGCUUUCCAAAUGUUCCACCGCCCCCAACAAUUUUAGAAUUUAGACCCUUAAAUGAUGGAGAGCCUAAAAGUCCUGGAAUUGAAGAAGAGGAUGAACCUGAAGAAAAUGGAGCAAAAGAAGAGGAAGAUGUGGAGGAAGAAGAGGAAGAAGAAGAGGAGGAGGAGGAAGAAUAA